AUGAAACUGUUUUCUGUUCUGCCAAUGUUUCUUUUGAUGCUCUCCGUUUCAGGUAAUCCGGAUUGACAGCGUUUUAAAAAAGUCGGAUGAAUAGUGAUAGAAGACUGCUCACAAAAGGAAAAUCUUGAUCCACGUUUUCCAGCGGAUUAGAUUCUGGCCUAAAAAAUACGUCGCAGUGGCGAGCGAAACUGCCUAACUUUUGUUUAGCAGUAGCUAUUACCCGAAGUUUUAAACUAGCUAGAGGAAGAGUACCGCUAGCUACGAAAUCAGCCGUCAGCUCCCGGAACUCGAGGAAACCAAGUGGAUAUGAUACAAGUGGUCAAUUUAAAGUGAAUUUUCUUCUGUAAUAUAAUGGGAUUACAGCGAUUGAAAUCGAUACAAAACUAGGCUAAAACGUGAACUGAUUUUAAAGUCUUCAUCUUUUUGUCACCACCAAGAUAUAAUAUAUAGAUUUAGCCAGGGCUAAAAACGAGGCUCCCAUUAGUAAAUUUAUAAUUUAAAUUAAACAAUAAACUUGUAUUCGAAUUCCACAGUUCAGUUAACUUUAGAGCACAUUUAUGUGACUUUUGAGGGAAAGGCUACCUGAUUUUAGAGAAAAAUAAUUUGCAAACAGCCCAAGAGUGAACCAAAUCUUACAUCGAGUUGAUAGCCUCAUAUGUACACCCAAAAACUGGUAAUCAUCUUCGAUCACAUUUAAGAGCCAUAAUGGCUAUUGAUCACCGUAGAUUAAUCAGGCCUGGAAAAAAAAAUCAGGCCAACUUUUUUGCGUUCGACAAGUUUACUUUGCAAAAUCUUGUCAACAAAUCUGGGUGCGUGUAAACCAACCUUUUAUACCAUUUAUACAUCACAUCUGAGGUGAAACAGUAGUAUGAGGCACUGUUUUUAUCAUACCGGCAGACCUCGGACAGAAAGCAGUAUUUCACAAUACAAAUUGCACUCAUUCAAUAUUCAUAAACUGUUAAAAAAAUUUCCAAAAUCACCUAUACGGCCAUCCGGUUCUCACUUUUGUAGUGCGAGCUGUGGCGAGUGUUUGAAUGAACAUUAACAGAGUUACGCUCCAACAUUAUAAAGAAUUUAUUCUGUUUAUUUUUUAUUUAAUGGUUUAUUAACGCGCGGCAUUUUGAGUACUCCUGCAAGCGAUGUUCACUGAACGACUGAAAACAAUCGGCACAGCGAUUAAAAUUACAAGAGAGACUACUAACAAUCAAUAAAAGAAAUAUAAUUCGGUGAAACAUAUACAGAAACAACAAUUUUCAUUCAGGAAGACAAGUAUUAAAGUAUCCCUAAAAAUCCUGAGUCUUCAAGCUUCAAGCUUAAGUUUAUGUUUUAAGCCGGCUUCCCGGUGUUUGCUUUUUUCAAAGACGAACUCGAGGCAAGAAAAUCGCUCAAAGCUUUCUUUUCCGGCCAGAAUUAUAACUAAAUAUUCUUUGGAACGUUUUCUUUCUAUUUGCGGUGAGAAACUGUCUAAAGGCUUUUUAAAGUUCUGUAAGCUUAUAUCAAACCUGAUACUCGGUCAGAUCAUUGUCUCAAAUCUUACAAACGUGCAUAAACUAAAUGACCGCAUAAACUCCGCUCGACUUCAUUAAAUUAGAUCCAAAAAAACAAACAUCAAAUACAAUAAUUUCUCUGGCUUACCAUUCGAGAUGCAGCUCCUGAAAGGUAUCAAGAAAAGCCAGUAUCGCUUCAGACUUUGCAAUCCUCUUACGCAUCAAGCAAGGUGAAAACGAAAACGAUGCCAUCCGAAAUCGGAUUUCCGACUUUGACAAGCGACGUAUUUCUCAACCAAAAACCCAAUAAACAAACUAGCCAUGAAUAACAGAAGACUCCAAAUAGCAGCUGAAUUUCAUUUUGUACAUCCAGUGGAAAAAGACAGUUAAAAACAUCACAAGUUGACACAAAACUCCUGUCAGCUUCAGCUGUCAAAGUAAACAAGAUUCAAGGUGCUGCAUAAAUUUUCCGCAUGAACUCACCUGUCAAAUUUUGACCAAAUAAAAAUCGGACGUAGAGCGUGACCAACGCGUGACCAUGGUGGGAAAAGUCAAAAGCAACUGUCUUCCCUGCCUAUAACAGCUGGCUGAAUUUUCGCGUCCGAGGUCAGUUUGCAAUCAAAAUUUUUAAUUGUGCAGCACAUAAACACAACAUAUUUCAUAUGAAUUUAGAAAAAAAUUGCAGUUGAGCCUGCGAUCACUUGAAAACUAGUUUACUUGUCAGCGGAUAACUUCAAAAAAUACUUGACCUCGAUGGGUCGACACCUGAGCCCGCGAUACGGUCAAGUGAUACUGGUCAGCGGGUACCCUGUUUUGACAGCUGCCAAUUGAUCAAAACAUUGAUGUCCAAAAAGGGUGUGCAUUCAUUAUCAGUUUUCCUGUGCUUCCAAACUAGUAAAAGUACGAACGUUGUUUGCGAUUAGUAGUAAAACAAUUAACUGGUCAGCGGACAGCUUCCAAAUAAAUCACGUUACCUCGAUGAGAUGACACAUGAGCCCGCAAUAUGGUCAUGGGAUACUGGUCAGUGGCUAUCCUGUUUUGACAGCUGUCAAUUGACCAUAUUGUUAAUGUCCUAUAUUAAAGAUGUGGACUUGCCAAGACACGUCUGAUACACCCCUCCCUUCCUUUUGAUAGUCUCCCCUACCCCACCCGUACAAUCUGUAGACGCGUACGUACGCUCGGUCAAUCACGCGACAGCCAAACGAAAAGAGGUUGACCAUAUUCCAUGAGUAUGGGGCUCUGUCCCACGCGCGCUUCGCGCGCGUGGGGGAGCCCCGCUAAAAAAGUAGCAAAGCUUCCAGCUCGAUUCCAAUGUACUUUCGUUGUAGCCAUUUCACAACCGUGUAGGAAAUCGAGUCUAACGUUUUUCUAGUCUUGUGUUCCUCACUGUAAGGAGAGAAGUCGAAUCAUUUCUUGUUUAUUUCUAGGUCAUUGCCCUGGAAGUUGGAAGCAGUUCAAAAGCUAUUGUUACAUCGUGAGCAGCCACAUCACGACUUGGCACCAGGCCCAAUCGUACUGCAAAAGGUGGGGAGGAGAACUGGUGAAGAUCAACAGCUUUAAUGAAAACGAGUUUGUACUGAAGCUGGUUCACAGCCGUGCGCCAUCGCUGAAACAAAUUUGGAUCGGACUCAAGUGGAAUCCAAGCGUCAACAAUUUCAUUUGGUCUGACAACUCAGUUCCAUCCUACACGUUCUGGGCUCCGGGUGAACCGAAUGGAAAGUCCAGGGAGCCAUGCAGCAACAUGUGGAUUCGGCGAACCCACCUGCCUUACCAUGCUUCUGGUUACUGGAAUGACCGCGUCUGUGGGAUUGUUUCAGGAUAUCCUUGUGGAUUUGUCUGUAAGAAGCUGGCAUAG